AUGGAUGAGAGGAUUGUGUUGAACGUCGGAGGUGUUCGUCACGAAACUUAUCAAGCCACUCUCAAAAAGAUUCCUGCCACACGACUAAGCAGAUUAACCCCAUCCCUUGCAAAUUUCGAUCCACUUCUCAACGAGUAUUUCUUUGACCGACAUCCAGCAGUUUUCUCCAUGAUUUUGAAUUACUACCGAACAGGAAAAUUGCAUUACCCAACCGACGUUUGUGGUCCCUUGUUUGAAGAAGAACUUCAGUAUUGGGGACUAGACGCUUCGGAUACAGAACCUUGUUGUUGGAUGCAGCUUCUUCAUGCCAAAGACACCCAAGAGACCCUCGCCGUUUUGGACCGCAUGGAUGCCGACCACGAGGAUGAUCCACAACUCCGCGAGCAAGACACCAUGAAAAAGUUUGGAUGGGAAGAGGAUUAUUUUCAGGGAAAACGUACGCGCUGGAUGAAGUUGAAGCCCCAAGUCUGGUCAUUGUUUGAUGAACCAUACAGCUCACAAGCCGCUAAACUUAUUGCUGGCAUCUCAGUACUCUUCAUAUUUAUCUCAAUUUUCUCCUUCUGUCUCAAAACUCAUCAAAGCUUCCGGCUUCCAAUCCUUACCGGACAAAAUAUCACUAUGCCAGGAGGAAUGAUCCAACCAUCGAUUGAACGAAUUUCAACGGAACCACUCCCAAUUUUUGGUCAAAUCGAAAUGUUAUGUAACAUUUGGUUUACAUUGGAACUCAUCAUCCGUUUCAUUUUCUGUCCGUCCAAAGUCCGGUUUUUCAAAAGUCCUCUGAACAUGAUUGAUUUGGUCGCAACACUCUCGUUCUAUGCCGAUGCAAUGAUGGUUCGAGUUGUUGAAGAUGAACCAAAGGAUGUGGUGGAGUUUUUAUCGAUGAUUCGUAUCUUCCGGCUUUUCAAAUUAACACAACAUCAUCAAGGAUUACAAAUUCUGAUUCACACGUUCCGUGCAAGUGCAAAAGAACUAAUACUCCUCGUCUUUUUUCUGAUUCUUGGAAUCGUCAUUUUUGCGGCGUUGGUGUAUUACGCAGAAAAAAUGGAAGCGAAUCCAAACAACCAAUUCCAAUCUAUCCCGCUUGGAUUAUGGUGGGCAAUAUGUACAAUGACUACAGUAGGAUACGGAGAUAUGACACCACAUACGUCAUUUGGAAGAUUAGUGGGAUCCUUGUGUGCAGUUAUGGGAGUACUCACUAUUGCUCUACCAGUUCCAGUUAUUGUCUCCAACUUCGCCAUGUUUUAUUCUCACAAUCAGGCACGAGACAAACUGCCAAAACGAAGGAGACGAGUUCUACCCGUUGAACAGAUCCGAUUACAAGCUCGUCGUCAUGCUGCUGUACUUGAACCAUCUGCAUCACAAGGAGGUUUAGGGGGUGGUUCAGCUAUACGUCGUAGAAAUAUGCCUAUUCUUAUAGAUCAGAAUUGUUGUGACGAGGAGAAUCACAAUCAUAAGCACAGGGAAAAGUCUGAAAAUUCAGAUGAAGGUACAAAUAGCUCAAGUACGGCUGGAGUGGACACCGUCGUAAAAUUGGGACCCAGUGAAACGGCUAUCACAACUACAGUAAUCUCGUGA